GAAGAAGAAAACUAUCAGCCCCAAACACCAACAUGGCGCCCGCUUCGACCGACAACUUCACAUGAAAGUGUCGCGUUGCACAUUGGCUUUAUCUGUUUUGCGCUAAAAGAAGGUCGGGGGUGUCUUAGAGCAGCCCCCCGUCGGGCGAUACCAACAAGGGGAUACAAGUGAAGGUGGAACAGCAACAAAGUGUCUUCUUCAUGUCAGCGCUCUGAACAGCUGGUCAACCCAGCCAUGAUCGAGGACAAAGGCCACCGUGUGACGGACUACUUCGUGGUGGCCGGCCUCACGGAUAAGUCCACGCCCCUGGAGCAGGACCUGUCGGAGACCAAGUCCAGCGGGCCAAAGGCGCCCAUCGUGGACCUGGCGGUCAUCAACCGCUCGGCAGGAGAGGCGGUGCCAGAGGGCUUCACCUGCAUCGACAUCACCCCCGGGGGGCUGCAGGCCAACCUCAACCACGGCAGCCUCAAGAGCCCCGAGCUGUUCCUCUGCUACAAGAGGUGCCGCGUCAAGCCCCCCCUCAUCGACAUUGGGGUGCUGUACGAGGGCAAGGAGCGCCUCAUCCAGGGGUGCGAGGUGCUGCAGGCCACUCCCUACGGCCGCUGCGCCAACGUCAACAACAGCUCCACCACCUCCCAGCGCAUCUUCAUCAACUACCGCCGGGGGCCCGCCGUGCAGCCGCAGAACUCGCUGGCCGUCACCGACAUCUGCGUCAUCGUCACCAGCAAGGGCGAGACGCCGCCACACACCUUCUGCAAGGUGGAGAAGAACCUCAACUGCGGCAUGUGGGGCUCCAACGUGUUCUUGUGUUACAAGAAGUCUGUGUCCUCGUCCAACUCCAUCACGUACAAAGCCGGUCUCAUCUUCCGCUACCCGGAGGAUGACUACGAGUCCUUCCCGCUGUCCGAGUCCGUGCCCCUCUUCUGUCUGCCCAUGGGGGCCAAGAUCGAGUGCUGGGCCCCCAGCACCAAGGACCCCCUGCCUGUGUUCUCCACCUUCGUCCUGACCAUCUCCACGGGGGAGAAGGUGUACGGCUCGGCCAUCCAGUUCUACGAGCCCUACUCGGAGGAGCUGCUGAGCGAGAAGCAGAAGAUCCAGCUGGGUCUGCUCACCACGGUGGAGAAGAAGCCGGUGCCGGGCCGCCACGUCACGGCCAACAAGUGCAUCUGCCUGCUCUCCCGCUGGCCCUUCUUCGACUCCUUCCGCAAGUUCCUGGUGUUCCUGCACCAGCUGUCCUUCUCGGGCCCGCAGCCGCUGCCCAUCGAGAAGCACAUCUCACACUUCAUGCACAACGUAUCGUUCCCCUCCCCACAGAGGCCAAGAAUCCUUGUUCAGCUCUCGGCGUUUGACACCCUGAUGCUCUCCCAGCCAGUCUGCACCCCCUUACCUCUCAGCGGGGCGGACUAUGGCACCCUGGUGACCAACCUGGGCCCGGAGAACUGCGGCACGCUGCUGCACCUGGUGCUGAUGGAGAGCAAGAUCCUGCUGCACUCGCUGAGGCCCGACGUGCUGACCGGGGUGGCCGAGGCCGUGGUGGCAAUGAUCUUCCCCUUCCAGUGGCAGUGCCCCUACGUCCCCCUGUGCCCGCUCUCGCUGGCCGACGUCCUCAACGCGCCCUGCCCCUUCAUCGUGGGGGUGGACUCCCGCUACUUCGACCUCUACGACCCCCCGCCCGACGUGGUCUGUGUGGACCUGGACACCCAGACCAUCUACCAGUCUGACGAGAAGAGACACAGCAGCUGGAAGAACCUUCCCAAGAAGCCGUGCAAGAGCCUGGUCAAUUCCCUGAGCACGUUGGCCGCCGCGCGGAGAGCAGAGGCCCCCCCAGUGGAGGCCAGCCCCGUGGAGGUGGACUUCACCCUGCACAAGAAGACCACGCUGCGGGAGAUGGAGAUCCAGGAGGUGUUCCUGCGCUUCAUGGCCACCAUCCUGAAGGGUUACCGUAGCUACCUGAAGCCCAUCACUCAGGCGCCGUCCGAGAAGGCCACCUCCGCCGACUCCCUCUACGACCUGCAAGGGUUCCUGAAGAGCCGCGACCGCACCCACCAGAAGUUCUACGGCCAGCUGACCAAGACGCAGAUCUUCAUCCGCUUCAUCGAGGAGUGCACCUUCGUCAGCGACAAGGAUACCGGCCUCGCCUUCUUCGACGACUGCAUCGAGAAGCUUUUUCCUCCCGAUAAAGGCGGCGACUCCAAGGCCAACAAGGUGGAGGGGGAGUCCUUGGAGGAGACCAAGCUGAUGGAGCUGGACGAGUCCCAGAGGAGCGAGCACACCGUCUUCGUCAUGCCCCCAGAGCCCCCCUGUGAGGGCGGGGUCGAGCCCCCCCCCCGCUACAGUUACAAGCGGUUCCCCCGGCUCCGCAUGGAGCUGUUCGACCGGCCCAAGGAGCUGCGGCCGGCCCUGGACAUGAGGACGGCGGGCUCUAGUCUGUCCAGCAGCCCCGCCCUGCUGGCCAAGAGGACCAAGCAGGAAGUGAAGCUGGCGUACAAGGUGGCGAAGCGCUCCAACUCGGACCCGGCGCAGUGGGCGCGCUGCCUGUUCAGCCACAGCUACAGCCUCUGGUUCAUCUGCCUGCCCCCCCGCCUGCGCGUGGCGCGCUCCAAGGCCCGCGCCAUGCACCAGGCCUACGACGUGCUGCUGCGGAUGAGGAUGGCCGAGGUGGAGAUGCUGGACGAGGUGUGCUACCGCGUGGUGAUGCAGCUGUGCGGACUGUGGGAGCAGCCCGUGAUGGCGGUGCGCGUUCUGGUGGAGAUGAAGAAGGCGGGCGUGCACCCCAACGCCAUCACCUACGGGUACUACAACAAGGCGGUCCUGGAGAGCCCGUGGCCCAGCCGUAACCGCAGCGGCCUCUUCAUGUGGACCAAGGUGCGCAACGUCCUGCGAGGGGUGGCCCAGUUCAAGCAGCUCAACGACCGGCCCCUGACCACCAAGAACCCCACCAUCACCACCACAGCCGCGUCCCCGCCCACAUCAGGGGGGGUCCGGGCCGCCGACCGCCUGAGCCAGCUCAGCGCUGACAGCUCCGGCGAGCCCAACGGCGAGCAGAGCCUGCUGUUUGGCGUGGGAGACCCUGCGGACACAUGUUACACUACCGGUCCUGCGGUCUCACUGGACGGCGUCGCGGCGCCGGCUGACUCCUCCGGGCCUGUGGGGGCGCCACCCCCGGCGGUGCCCAGCAUCGUGAGGCCGUCCUCCUCGUCGGCAGCCCUCGCCGGCGCCAGGGACACGGGCGCUGGAGCGGCGCCCUCUAGUGGCGGUGUCGGCGGUGACGUCGCUCCGUCCUCCGCUGACCCCGCCUCCGCGCCGGCAGCGGCCCAGCCCCGCCCCCAGCGGCCGCGGCAGAAGAGCUUCGCCGAGCGCAGCCGCAGCUUCAGCUCGGAGAGCCGCGCAGGCAUGCUGUCGGACGGCGGCGUGGACGCCAUGGCGAGCCGCAUGGGCGCCGACGCCCGAAUACUGGCCGCCGCCCUGUCCACGGCCGCCGCGCUGGGAGGGGGAGGAGCCGGAGGGGGGGGCGUGUCCAAGGCCCUCUUCAAAGACCUGGACGAGGAGCCCGAGGACGACCUGGGCUCGCCUUUGGUCGACCUGGGCUCGUCGUCGGUCGACCUGGGCUCCCCAUUGGUCGAUCUGUCAGAGGAGGCGGGGCCUCAAGAAGACGCGGUCCCAGGGGAGGAGGAGGCGAAGGAGGGGACGGGAUUGGAGGAAGGGCUGACGGAGGGGGUCGGGGAGGAGAUGGAGGAGGAGGAGGAGGAGGAGGAGGAGGUGGUGAAGGACAGCGAUCUCGCCGACGAGGCGGCGGCGGCGGGGCGGCCGCUGGAGCGCGAAGACGUGGUGGUGGGCGCCGACCCGCUGUCCCGCAUGGUGUCGGAGACGGAGGAGCUGGCCUCCAUCUCCAGCCAGGACCUGCCCAGCCCCGCCUCCAGCCUGCCCGCCGUGGUGUCGCGCAACCUGGCCGAGGAGAUCGAGAUGUACAUGAGCCUGCGCAGCCCGCUGGGGCCCAAGUCCUCCAGCAUGGAGCUCCGCUUCGACCCCGCCCCCCCGCCGGAGCCCUCCCCCCUGGCGCGGCGGGCCAGCCUCCCCGUGCCCCCCGCCCAGACCCCCUCUCCCCCCUCCACCACGGCGUCGCAGGAGGCCACGCCCAAGCGCAGCCCCCACGCCGUCACGCGCUCCAAGACCUUCACGGCCCGCGGCCGCACGCCCGUCUCCGGGGGCGCGGCGAGCCUGACGCCGCGGCCCAACGCGCUCACGGCGCUGGUGAGGGCGUCGCCCGCCGCCAACACCCUGGGCUCGGUCAUCAACUCGUUCUCGGGCAUGAAGAUGGACGCGCUGCUGUCGGGGCCCAAGAUGGACGUGCUGAAGUCCGGCAUGAAGCAGGCGACCAGCGUGGCCAGCAAGGUGUGGGGCGCCGUGGUGUCGGCCUACGCCUACUCCGACGACGAGGAGGAGGCGGGGCCGAGCGCGGCGGGCGGCGGGGGCUUCCCCCCCCACCUGAACGACACCCUGCUGACGGAGCGGGGGGAGGCGGAGGGCGGGGCCGAGCGGGGGGGGGCCCUGGGCCUGGUGGCCAACGGGCUGCACCACAGCCGCAGCAGCCUGGGGAGCAGCAGCGGCAGCAGCGACACGGGCCGGGGGGGGCCCCACACACAUGCCACCCCAGGCCGAGGGGUCCGGGGGUCGGACUCGGAGCACGGCUCCUCCCACCACGCCUCCACCUCCAGCAUCUAUCAGAACUGUGCACUAGAGGUGCUGAUGUCCAGCUGCUCGGUGUGCCGGUCGUGUGCGGCGCUGGUGUACGACGAGGACGUGAUGGCGGGCUUCACGGCCGACGACUCCAACCUCAACACCACCUGCCCCUACUGCCGCGCCGUCUUCGUGCCCCUGCUGCACGUGGAGUUCAGAGACCUGCGCACCAACAGGUUCUUCAUGAAGCCCAGCGGUUCGGGGGACAGCAUCCACAGCGCCACGGCCCCGCCCACCUCCGCCACCACCACCACCAUCAGCAGCAGCAGCAGCAGCGGGGGGAGCAGCAGCCUCAGCUCCUCCACCACCAAGUCCCCCGACCUGAUGGGGUUCCCCCCCGCCGCGUCCGAGGGCUCCGGCGCCGACAGCCCCAGCACGCCGUCCGCCUCGCACAAAAGCCUGGUCCGGGAGCCGGUGCAGUCGGACCCCCUGGGACUGCUGGAGCCCCCGGCGGAGGGGAAGCACUCCUCCGGGACCUUCCUGACCCGCAGCAACAGCGUGGGCGGGCCCCUGCAGAGCCUGGACUGCAGCCUGGCCCCCGGCCACGGUGUCUCCACCGCCAGCCUGCCCUGCAGCCUGCAGGAGGCCACGUUUGGCGUGGGCACGAAACGUCCGAACCCCAAACCGGUGUCCGUGCCGUACCUCAGUGCCCUGGUGCUCAGGAAAGAGCUGGAAACCAUGCUGGAGAACGAGGGGGACCAGGUGCUGUACACCCACAAGUUCCUGAGCCAGCACCCCAUCAUCUUCUGGAACCUGGUGUGCUGCUUCCAGCGGCUGGACGUGCCCAGCCACCUGCCGGGGCUCAUCUUCACCUCUGAGUACUGCAACAACGGGGAGCAGCUGCCCCUGACCUCCCUGUCCCAGGACAGCAAGCAGGUGUACAUCCAGAUCCUGUGGGACAACAUCAACCUGCACCAGGAGCCCGGAGAGCCGCUCUACGUGCUCUGGAGGACCUUAGAAGCAGAGAAGCGGCGGCCGCUGGCUCCCCCCGACCAGCAGGAGGCGCUGACGCUGCUGCACACCAUCGCCCGCAGCAUCCAGACCAACGACGUGUACGGCCCCAUGGACCUGCUGAUCAGGGAGCUGAAGAGACGGCCCCGCCCCAACCGCCAAAGGAGCAUCUACAGAGAGAUCCUGUUCCUCUCGCUCGUGGCUCUGGGCCGGGAAAACAUCGACGUUGAGGCGUUUGACAAGGAGUACCGGCAGGCCUACGACAACCUGAGCCCGGAGAAGCUGAAGACGCUGCGUGCGUUCGACCAGCCGCCCGGCGCCAAGGCCCAGUGGUGCCUGAAGUGCUUCGGCAGCCCCAUCAUCUGAGCGUAAGCUCCUCCUAGUGGCGAUGGAGUGGACCUGCAGCCCAUGCUUCGGUCAAAACACGGCACACGUCUAGGAAAUGAAUAGAAUAGGGGACAAGGAAAAAAGUGGAGAGACGAUUGUUUAAAGCUUAAAAUAUUCUCUACAAAUUGUCCAUGAAUGGUACUUAUGGAGACAAAAAUAGAAAAAAAAAGUUUUGACAGCCUUCUUAGGAAUUAUUUUUGCCUUUCUGAUGUUUUAAGGGGCUAAUUAGGCAUAUAGUUAUAUGGAUGCGUGUGACUUUGAGCGUGAUUAUGAAUUGCUGGUGAAACGAGAGCGAUGACGUUUGGCAAUGAGUGUUUGACGUCGUUCCAGCGAUGACCGCGUCUGCUUGCACCGCUGAACUUUGUCUGUGUCCCUCUCCUGUCUGUGCACUUUCUGUAAACUGUAACACGUCCGUCUAUAUCUCUGUACAUAUACCUGUACCAUAGGAAACACGUCAUAACAAGGUUGGCCUUAAGGUGCGAGUCUCGAAGACGCUUGGGUUUUUUCGGACUCUUUUUCUCUGCCCAACCAAGUCUUAACUACGAUGAAUGUCAAAAGUUUCGCCUAAACGCGUGGAACCUGUAUAAAUAUGUGUAUGCUGCUCAUCUGCAACGCGCGGAGACAACGGGGGACGCCAACAGACAAUCUAGUUUUGUUUCCAAAACAUUCCACAAGCCCCUCUACUUAAUACACGCCCCUUCUGUUUGUUGUUGUUCUCUAAUGAAACCACUUGGGGGCGCUAUAGGACCGCUGACUGGUCGGGAGGGACGGCACUACUGAUAAAAGCAGGGUUUUUUGUUAGCGAUCUCUGUAUUCCGGGUCUUAUGGGAGCUCGAGAUGAGUUCUACUUCAGGGAAAGAAAACGACGGCACACGCAAUACUGCAAAAGAAGACUAAAACAAAUUUAGAAACGUCUGUUCUGUGAUGUUAUCCAGCUUCCAUCGGCCGGUGUUGACCUGUUGAACCGCUUACUGGUGAUGAAUACUAGGGGACUUCCCAAGAAUACUAUAAAUUAUUCUUAACAUAGUUUUAUCUGCCACAUUGGAGUUGGCUUUUAACGACGACACAUUGUAUAUGGUUUUCCAUCGAUUGUUUUCAAUGUUUUCUUAUGUAAUAUAAAUUCAAUGGUGAAUAUUCAAGCUGGGUGGCACUCGAUGUUAAAAUGUUGUCUUAAUACCUGCUGGUCCUGAGAGCGUCCAUCGUCUGAUCGGGAGGACCUGAAGACCUGAAAUGUCUUGUAUAAAUACUUAAAUGAAAAAGGAAGAAAAAAAACAAUGUUGAAUUUGCACUGCUUAGAUGAAUAGCUGGCCUUCACCCUGACUCCUUUGGGUGAUCUGACUUCUGGCAAAACAGACAGCCAGAAACACGUGUCUAUCUGCUCCACAAGUAAAAUUUUAAAAAGGAUUUGACGGCUAUUUUAUAUUUUUUGUAAGUGUUGCAGGCCUCAUUGGGUUUCAGUUACACCCGGAGCACACACUUACCCAUACUCCAUGUGUCAUUGUGAAUAUACCGUCUCCUCUCUGAGGCGCUGAGAUGUAUUGUAAGGUUGUACAUAAAGGACUUGUGGUUACCGUGUUCCGUCCCGGAAUGAGUUCAUGUCUUCACACAGUUGUUGCGCUGCAAUAAAUAGGGUGGUCCUGAUUUACAAUUGUGCAAUUUGUGUGGAUUUAUUUUAAAUUUUUAUUAUUUAUUAUUAUCUUAAGUGCUGGAGGGCUGUGUGGCAUUUAUAUACUAUAAUAUUGUCGUGUAAAUAUAACAAACAAUUGGUAUUGUGGUGUACGAAGCGUACGUCCCAUCACA